GGGCCACACAGGACUCUCUCUCUAGAAAUGGGGUAUCGGCUUUGUUCUUCUCUCUCUUAACGGAGAGAGUGACCUUGGAAUGGAUUUGAAAACUGACGCCUCAGCAACGAAAUAGAACAACAACAACAAGAAAGAAGAAAGAAGAAGAAGAAGAAAUCCAAAAUAGAAAUCUCAUUUUCCACUUCUAUCUCUAUUCUCUUCACUUCACUCCUGCUCCAUCCUUACUGUUCGCAUUUCCAGAUCCAUCAAUGGCUGAAUCUUGAACUGCACUUCUUUCACUAGGUUGUAAUGGAUGCUGAUGAUAUGAACUCCGCAUCUGCAAAUGGAAAAGUCCAUGAAAAUGGUACCGGUGAGGAAAUUCCUUUAACUGCUAGCACCAACGGCGGACGUGCAGGGAUGAAUGGCAUUUUAGAAAUUGCUGCCACUUCCAACUCAUCAGUCGAAGAAGUUCCAGAUGGAUCGAUUGCAGACGCAGAAAGUAAAUUUUCGACUAUUUCUAAGGAACCUAGAGCCAAGGUAACCGAUGUGUCCAAGGGUGUCAAACAAUUGAAGGGCUUAAGCAAAGCGAAAAACGAAAAGUCUGUAGAGGUUGGAAAUGCUGGUACAGUGGUGAAAAGAAGUAAAGAGGCAAAAGAUACUCAAUCAAAUGGAUCGUUGGGUUCAAAUUUACGUACCAAACAGCCUUCUGCACCUAAGAUACAAAAUAGGCUAUCGAUUGGCAGAGAAGUUGCUGACAACCAUGCCAGACCAAAACCUGUAGUAGAUGGUGCCGCUGCAUCAAAGGAGCAACCUGAAAUCAAUGAUCCACCAGCGCCCACUGUGAAUAUGACGGAUUCAGAUGGUCUUUCGGAGAAGAAACAGUUGAAACCGGUGAGAAAAGUGGUCGUAAAUAAGACUGCUGCUGAUGAAAAUGUGCAGUCUGCUCUAAGCCCCACUGAAGAAGAUUCAAAGCAUCGUAAACCAGGCACACUGCCAUCAUAUAAUUUUAGCUUUAAGUGCGAUGAAAGGGCUGCAAAAAGAAAAGAGUUUUACUCCAAACUAGAGGAGAAGAUUCAAGCUAAGGAAGAAGAGAAGAAUAGUAUCCAAGCAAAGACCAAGGAAACCCAAGAUGCAGAAAUAAAAAAGCUAAGGAAGAAACUGGCUUUUAAGGCAACACCCAUGCCAAACUUUUAUCAGGAACCUCCGCCGCCCACUCCAGAACUAAAAAAGAUACCAACAACUAGAGCGAAAUCUCCAAAGCUUGGGAGGAAAAAGAGUUCGCCUACGAGAGAUGAGUCUGAAGGAAAAGACUUGAGCAUCAGCAUCAGCCAUAGACCAGCAGCAGGUCGUUUAAGUUUGGACGAGAAAUCUACUCGUACUGUAAAAGUAGUUGUAGGAGGAGGAGGAGCUUCUUCUGUGCAGCCUAAGAGGCCACAGCGCAAGUCCCUUCCAAAGCUGCCUUCCCAGAAAACAGUCCUAUCCAAUGAUCAGAAGAGUGACACUUUAACAUCAUCCGAAACAACUGAAACAACUCGAAUAAAAGCAAUUCCAUCUGAAGAGCAUGAUGACGAUGAAAGCCAGGAAUCCACUCUGAGAACUGAGGAUAAUAGUGACGAUGAAGAGGACAUUCAAGAGGAGGAGGAGGAGGAGGAUCGCGCCCAAAUUGUUUUUGCCCCAAAACCUAUUGCGUUGGAAAGUUGAGAGAGCAUGCAAACAAAACGGGUCUAGCAAUCCAAGUCAAUUGAUUGAUUACACGAUCUUGUUCCAUGUUUUUAAAUUUUUGUUUUUUGGUUACCAUUUUCAGUUGCUUUGUGCUAAAUUAUGUUGUCAUUUGCUGCUUUGCUGCUUGCUUUGUCAUUUGGUGACUUUGUGCUGAGGUGGUCAAUUUUUGGAAUUUCCCAGACUGUGUUGUGAAAAAAGGUAUUAUUAUUAUUAUUAUCAUCAUGUUCCUCCUUGGUCUGU